AUGUCGUCUAGUUGUCAAGGGCUUGAAGGCGCCAGGGGAGGGGGCGUGUGGUCGUUCACGUUGGUUUCCUUUUUCGUCCUAUUGUUCCCACGUUCGGGGGCAGACCCGUCGGCCGGAGGCCGGAGGAUGGACCGUAGGCAAGAUGGAGACUGGAGAGAAGGAAUUCUGGGUCGUUGUCGUUGUCGUUGGGUCGGCGGCUCGGGGGUCAACCCACCGGGGUUGAGGGUGUCAGGGAUACAGAACGGGAAUGGCUCAAGUGGGGUUCAUGGUCCCGGCGUAUAUUAA